GUCAAAUCAAACUUAUUAUUUUGAGGUUAUGUUAAAUUGAAACAAAAAUCAACAAUUAAAAAUGAUUGAAAAUAAAAACACUUUACUGCGAGUGACGCAAAUGAAUGCGAUUUACCUGGACAAAGAAAUUUACAAUUCGUUGUAUCAAAUAUUCCUCGAUUCUAUUAAAAACUUUAACCCAGGACUUACUGGUUUUUACGAAUCGGAAAUUAAUUUAAUUCUACGCCUGUUAAUUUUAAAUAAUUCAAUACUGAAAAAUGGAAGUACGUUUGGCCAGCAAUUGCUAUCCAUUAAAUACAAGGAUAUUUCUACCACGAACCGAGUGUUAUACAUAAUGGGAUCGUGCUUGGAUUAUGUGAAAAGACGAUUUGAACUGUGGAAUCCCUCACAUGAAUUCAAUAAUACGAUAUUCAAGGCGUAUUUAUUAGCUAAUUUACUGGACUUUAUAAAUGUAUCAUCGUUUCUAAAGAAUGGUACCAAACCUUUACUCAUCGAGAGGGUAUUGGGCUUAGAUCAAGUUUAUGCAGUAGAAAAUGCCCAGAGACAAUUUGAAUCUAAGUACCUAGCUAGGGAAUUACUAUGGAAUGGUUUUAUAGAAAUAUUUGUGUAUUUACUUCCGCUUAUAAAUUACCACAAAAUGAAGAGGAUUAUAAAAAAUAUGAACCCUCUUCUAAAGAAAAAUGUUUACAGCGUUGUGCCCAAAAGAAACAUGACGAUGCACACGAAAUGCGCUUUUUGCGGAGAAAAUCCAAUUCUGCCUCAUCACAUGGGAUGUUCACACAUAUUUUGUUAUGUAUGUCUAAAGGGAAACCAAGUGGCAGAUUUAAAAUUUGAAUGUCCAAUUUGUGAACAUACUAAUUUAAAUGUAGUCUGUGAUAGAGUAACUAAGUUAAAGUUGUGAUAGUGAUUUUUUUGAGUAUAAUUUACUACAUUGUUGAUUAAUUGUAAGAUUUAUAAAGGAUGGUUGUUGUA